CUUGCGCAAUUUUUAAGAUUUUAGGCAAAUAAAAUUGACCACGAAUCAUUCAAUUUAAGAACUAAUACCCGUUCAGUUAAUCACGUUUUGUGACAUGAAGCAAUGCAUAUUGUCUGGAACGGUGUAGCGUGACGUUUGAAAAUCACGCCUCUAGACUAUCCUUCGCUAGUUUUGUUUACUCAAAGUAACCUUGCAGAAGGUCUGGUGAAAGCUGUCGCCAUUUGCCGAUUCAACAAUUGCUUGAUCUCGAAUAUCAUUCUGUUCCACAAACAUGGUGCGUACGGAGUACAGUUCAGUCCGUAAUGUGGAGGUGCGCGGCUUCUUCGUGAGUUUAGUGAACGUGUUUGUAGUGCUGUUCUUGUUGUUAUCUCUGGUGAUUGCCUUGAUUGUGGUAGCUGCGUUGUUAGCUCACGAGAAGGGAAAAGCAAAGCAAGCUAGCCCUGGAGUAAUUAAAGACGAAGGCAAAGGAUUCGAGUCCUCUUUGCGUCCCAUGUCCUGUGACGUUGUUGUAGUCGGAGGAGGUAUUUCAGGAAUGUAUAUGGCAGAGACUCUCAUGCGAAUGAAGAAAGAAGACACCGUGUGUUUGUUUGAAAGAGAUUCCAGACUUGGAGGGCGAAUCUAUGACUACAGGUUUAGCCAAGCGCCAAACAUCAGCAUAAGUUUAGGAGCCUGGCGCGUGGAUAGAGAACACAAGAGAGUAAUGGCCUUAACUAAACGACUCAAUAUCCCCAUGUUAAAAAUGGACAUAAAAAUCGCACAUUGGGAAACAAGAGGAGUCUUUGUAUCUAGUACCCAGGCCCUCAAAGAGCAAGCUUUCCCGACUCUGCUGUCAGGCCCCUUUGCGAACAUGACUUCGUCAGAAAUGAUGAAAUAUGCUUGGAUGAACAUUACCAGAGAGAAAACACUUGAAUUUCCGUCUUACCGAGAUUUUGUGUGCCACCAACUUGGAAGUGAAGGCUGCGAGUUCGUUAUGGCCAUGUAUGCUCUUAAACGAAUUUAUGGUGAAGAAAGCACUUUGUCAAGAUACGAACGGAAUGAAGCUUACAGCAACCACUCGUAUGACUACUAUCGGCCGCCUGGUGGCCUAUCAGAUAUCAUCAGUGCAUUGGAAAGAUCUGCUAAGCGUUUGGGAGUAAAGAUGUACGUUAAGGAGAAAGUCAAAGCAAUUCAUAGGAAAGGAAACAUUUUUACAGUUGAUACAGAUAGUUUUACAGUAUCGGCCAGAAAGCUCAUCAUUGCCGUACCACGCACUCCAUUUGAAGAGAUAUCUGGCGACGUGGCUGCGGAUAUUAAAAGAAAUGUCUUCUUUGAAGCUAUUCUACCACUUCCUGUCUUUAAAGCCGUGGCGCUUUACGCUUAUCCUUGGUGGGAAAACAUUACUUCUCUUCACAACCUGACACUGAAGCCGCUUGAAAGAUUCUUUUCAGGAGCUUCUUGUUUGGUUGGUAUUAUGCCUUACAGUGACAGAGGACCCCACGGCGAAGCCGUUCUUCAGCUGUCAUACGCCUGGAGGGCAUGCGCAGUCAAGUGGGGCGAGCUUUCCAAGUUGCCUAAAGCAGUUUUGCAGUCGGAGUUAAAGAAAGCCAUUCAGGAAGUGUUUCCAGGAGCAAUCUUACCAGAGCCUCUGGAUAUGGUGUUCAAAUAUUGGGAGAAAGUAGCCUGGCAUAACACAAAGGCGGGUUCCAACGUAAGCCGUUAUGAUCUAAUGAAAUGGGCCAAACGUCCAUUUCCCGGAGAAGACGUUUUCAUAGUGGGUGAAGCAUAUUCAGUCUUCACCGAAUGGAAUGAAGGAGCUCUCCAGUCCGCUUACAACGCUCUAAAGGAAGGCUGGGAAAUAACGCAACCCGAGGCUUAUUAGAAUGAAAAGCGAACGUUCAACCUCUCUUAACGUUACUUCAUGUAAGGGCAAUGAAAUAGGGAUAAUAGGCAUUUUCUGGGUUGUCUUCGGCCUCCGUGUCAAAAAGAAUCCUUUAAAGAAACCAUUCGUGUUUCACGUGCACGUUCAUUUUCAUGCAACGGGCGUAAAUUUUAUUUUUCUGCACGAAUUUUGUUCAACGACGUAUUCUGAAGUUAGCUCGUUAAAUGCCCACUAGUAUUAUACUCCCAGGCUGAAUAUUCUUUUUUCCCGCCGAUUUUAGACUGAAAACAUUCUUGUGAAUAUUCCUGUAAAUCAUGGCGUAGAUUUUUCCGUUUUCUUGACCUUGGUGGCGUUAAAGUUAAUUGGGAGCCACACUGAAGGCGAUAACGCCCGUGUUAGUAUACACCACACAAGUGUAUAGUGCGCGCUUUCCGUGCAUUCUGAUUGGCUAGCUCGGAGGUGAGUAGCAAGUAAUAUAUAGAUUUAGCCAAGCCUAAAAGCGGAGCUUUAGAUUACAAUAAUUAACCAUAAAGGAAAAAGAGGAUUUGGUUUUCCUUGGAUCAGAAACAUCAUGGUAAUUUCGGUCGAAAGUCAAAUGGAAAGGUUUGUCUCGGUUGCGUCCGACCGGAAUGUUCGGGAGCGCUUCUGGAGGUGGUCCGCUUUGAUCUGUCGGGCCGUUCAAACCGAAAUUCGCUGUUCCAUUUUUACAAACGGGUUAAUGGCUCUGCUUCUCUUCAGCAGAUUUCACUUAUGUAGGGAUUCGAGAAAGGAAUAAAAAAAUGGUAAGAGCCAUUCUUGUCGGUUGGUACGGUUUGAUGGCGGAAAAUUUUGUUCUAUUUUCCUCGGUUAGUCCCACCGGUCUCUGUUCGGUCGCUCUGGCAUAAUGGCAAGCACCAACGUUUUCUAAUUCCGUCGUUACUAAAAUAGCUAAAAAUUUAUUACAAUUCGCUUUCUUUUCAACAAUUUAGCUAACAUUGUCUCUUGUAGGUGUUCUAGGAGCGCUUCCUAUGCUAGCGAAGGUAUUUUUUUCACAAUUUUAGCGUUGCUUUGACAAGAAACUGCAGCAAAAUCGUUAAGCUGAUCUGCUGUUAUUUUAGAAAGUCUGGAUUAUGUUCCAGUGGCGUGUCGUGGCAUUUUGUUUUGCAGUAGAACUCAUAGAAUAUUUUAUACCUUUAAAUUGUUUGUAUACUUUUCUCUUAGUAGCAGAUAAUAGAUUCCUUGUGCUGUACAAGCUUUAUUCAUCGCUUUUAAAAACACUCAGACUUCAUGCAAUGUUUAAUUUUUUUUACGAUACCAUAACAUGAAAAGUUUGAUUGUUCUCUAUCAGGGUUAUCCAUGCUCUCUCUAAAGUUCGUUCACAUAAUGAAAACAGAAAUAAAAGCAUUGCUUAAAAUAAUUUACAGCCA